UUUUUAAAUAUUUCCCCAAUCCCAUGUCACGUGGCGAAGCAUACCAGCUUUCCUUCUCCCGCCAUAUGUUCAUUUCGUAACUCUCACCAUUAAGACAGCGAUGUUCCAGUACGCCCUGUUCCUCCUCCUGCCCUGUGUGCUGGGUGACACGGAUCCGGUGACGGCCUGGGAGGCCCACGUGAACAAGGAAACAGACAAUAUGUGGAAGACCUUUGACUCCAACAACAACGGAAAAUUCGACAGGAGUGACGUGAAACUAUUCAUCCAUGACUACGACACUGACGGGCCGAGUUCGACUUCCACUGGGGGGGUGACGGAGCCAACUCUCAACAUCGUCGCAGACGCCCUGUUCCUGGAGUACGACGACGACCAGAGCGGUAAUGUGACGUCUUCCGACCUGGACGCACUCUACAACAGGAUGGACCAAAACAAUGACGGAACUGUCGACAAGCAAGAAUUCAAGGCUUACUACAAACAGCUCCUCACAGUGUUGUUCAUCCUGCAGACUCAGCACUUUGAGAAUUCGAUCACCACCACCGCAGCACCAUCAACAUAAUAAUAAACAAUACAAACAUGCCACAGUGAUCAGUGUUUUCUGCCAAUAUCACACUGAGAAUCAGGUCACUCCAGGGCCAUGAACGUGACACCAGUAAAUAAUGGUAAACCUCA